AUGGAUCGUGAAAACAAGCCAAAUUUACAAGUAAAUACUUCUGCUACUCCAGCUUCUUCUCCCAACCCUCUUUUGCAGUACAAACUUUUAACUAUAAAAUACCAAAGGAAAAAUCAGAAAAAUGAAGAAUUAAAAAACACAUUAAAAAAGGAGUUGAUACCAGUUUCUAAUUCGUGCUUAGGAUUGGUUGAUUACUGCCAAAAUACAACAGACUAUAUGAUAAGCUCAUGGGGUUCUUUGCCUGAAGAAAAAAAUCCUUUCCUUCAAGGCUACAACAAAAUGAGAAAUAGCAAUGGUAAUAAUAAUGAUGUUUGUUGCACGAUAAUGUAA